AUGAAGAAGGAAGUUGUGAUUUUUAAACUGAAGUGGUGGACAGAAAACAACAUGAACGACGGUGAAGUUAUGUUGAUGAGACAUAUGGAAACUUUCAAGGGACAAGGGCCAAAUGACUGGGAUUCUGAGAUUGAAAAAGAUCAAAAGCAGCAGAAAACACAAUUGACAACGCUUCGAUCAAAAUAUGUUACAAAGAUCUUGGUGAAUGAUAUCAAUAUCUACAGCAACAAGAUAAUAGAAGAAGGUCUUGAGUUUGAAAAGCUGACAACAGAAGAACAAAAAUAA